CUUUAAAAGGGAGAUAAUUUCUAAACCUGCCAAAUGAUAUUUUGACAUUUUAUUUCAAAGCGGGGCAAUAGGGGGCAUUGUGUUUCUGACAAACACAUCUCUUGUCUUUUGUUGCUUGGAUAAGUGUGUUUAGCAUAUGAACAAUGUCAAUGUACUGCGUCCAGAAUUUCGCUGUUUUGCCUAGAUUGCCUGAUCAAACUGAUGUUUUGAAUGAUCUCAUUUUCUCAAAAUACUGUUGUGCAUCUUUAUCAUUGACUACUUCCAUAAAUGUUUCAAAGUUUUGAUUUGCGCGACUCUUUAUCUUGUCAAUUGUCUCCCCGCUGAACAAUUCAUUUUGUUGAUGUUGAAUCUGGAAAUGCUUUAACAGCAGUCUUUCAAGGCCUUCAAUUAAAAGCUUGUGGAACCGUAGAGCUCGAUUUAAUUUCAUUUCCUGAAUGGUGUUUUCCUCCUCUCUUCCACUCCCCCCAGCCCCCCAUCCCAUGAAUAAUAAAAAUUAUAUGAAAUAAGUAAUUGUAUUCUGCCGCUUUUCUGAGUGACUUUUUCCUUUACUUACACUAGGGCUGCUUCUUCCCCGCUGUCAUUUUUUUCCCAUACUUCUUUAGCAGACCCUUGGCCAGUUUCUUUGGUUGAGGGUGGAAAGCUCUUUCCUUUUUGGACCAAUUUUUUGAAAAUUAAAACUUGCAACAUAAAUUGUGUUGCAUGAAUUUAUCAAUCAAUAUUUCAGUCAAUAUGAUAAAUGAAUUCAGAUAACUUAAUAAAUGAAUAAUUUGCCACAUUUUUUUAUUAUUUAUGCAUCCAGAUCAGGUUGAAUUUGUCAUGUUGCAUAAUAGUGUUGGAAUCAGUAUGAAAUAUGCGCUUCUUGACCCACUAAUAGUCGUUCCUUGAUGGAAGACAUAGAACAACCAUGCAAAUGCAAAGAAUAAUGAAUGGUUUUAUAGUUGCAAUUUCCACGUGAACCAAACCUUGAGCAAAUAAUUGGGUUGAGUUGGUCUGCAUAUUGGUUGGUCUUAGAUACCAUAUGCUGCCACUAAUCCUGACCCAUGAUUAGUUCAAAAUAGUCAUAGGGCUGGGCAUCUUCAGGAUGAAGGAGUGUAGAUCCACCAAUAUAGCUGUAAGUCCUUUGGUUUCUAUCAUCCAAGUUUUGGUUAUUCCACCAGGCAUUUUAUACCUCAAGCUCGUCAUCAUUCUCGCCGCCAAAAAAACCCAACAGGAAACCAUUGUUCAUCAUUUCUUUGUUCUUUGCAUUCAUAGCCAUCUGUCCUUAUUUUUCAUUUCAAUCCCUUUUAUUUGUGUCCAAAUCAGUAUCAAGUUCCACCAUAAUAUUACUUCCAUCAUAGCAGCAUCUUUGUCUGUCUAUCUGCCUUGACAAACACUAUUGAUUCAUCUUGAAAAAGCGUCUUGGAAAACCGGCCUAAUACAUAUGUACAUAAGGGCCUAAAUUCUAAUGGAAGUUUGUGGUUAUUUCCAUGGAAACUUUUGUUUGGGAAAAUAGUAUUUUAUUUAGUUUUUGUAAGAAAAUUAUCCAUGUGAAUGGACGAUAUACCAUGGAAAUUCAUUUCAGAGAAAUUACCAGAUAUAAUCUCGAGUACAAAAACUUAACUAGAAAUGGCUCUGCAGAGGCCGAUGCGUAUCCCCACGCUUAAUGUUGUUAGUAAAAUUAGUGAAAAUCUCUUAACCGGUCCCACCCCAACCCCCAUUACUUUUGACCCAGGGGUCAGAUCAAAAUUCCAAAUAGUGCACUGUCGCACAUAUGCUCAUAGAUACCAUGUGUGUAAGCUUGAAGGUUCUAGUGCUAAUAGUGUAGGAGAUUGUGGCCAGGACGUACGGCAGAGAAAAACACAUUUAUAUAAUCCCCACGCUUUCUCCGAAAAGCGUGGGGAUAACAAAUAAAUAAAACAAUUAACAAAUUAUUAUUAUAUGACUAUUUAAAUGCAUUUUUUUUAUUCGGUAGGGGAUCUAUCUGAACAAUUUGUUUUCCAAAUACUUGUGCUUUCUCUUCAAUAUUGGGCAGUGAAUAGGAUUGUGACAAAAAUGCAUUAGAUUUCUUUACACACUAUAGAAUAGUCACCAUUAUAUUUGUGUUAUGUGGCCAUAUUUAAGUUUUUAAAACACUGUUGUAAAUUCACAUGUAUUGUAUUGCUAUAAUUUAUAUUGUUAAAUAAUGGUUCACAUUUUGUAUGUUGUAUAUACAGUUAACAUUAUACCCCCACAAACGAAGUUUAGGGGGGUAUAUAGGAGUGAGCUUGUUGGUCUGUCGGUCGGUCGGUCAGUAUUAAGUGUCCGCUCUCUAUUUCAAGUAGUUUUCAUCAGAUCUUCACCAAACUUGGUCAGAAGUUGUAUCUACAUGAUGUCUAGGCCAAGUUCGAACAUGGGCCUUGUCCAGUCAAAAACUAGGUCACGGGGUCACUGAGUGCGUUUUAAACAUUCAGCAUGUUGUCCACUCUCUAUUUCAAGUAGUUUUCAUCUGAUCUUCACCAAACUUGGUCAGAAGUUGUAUCUAAAUGAUCUUAAGGCCAUGUGCGAACAUGGUCUUUGCUGGGUCUAAAACUAGGUCACGGGGUCACUUAGUGAGUUUUAAACAUUCAGCAUGUUGUCCGCUCUCUAAUUCAAGUAGUUUUCAUCCGAUCUUCACCAAACUUGGUCAGAAGUUGUAUCUAGAUGGUGUAAAGGCCAAGUUUGAACAUGGGCCAUGCUGGGUCAAAAACUAGGUCACGGGGUCACUGAGAACGUUUUACACAUUGAGCAUGGUUUCCGCUCUCUUUUUCAAGUAAUUUAAAUCCAAUCUUCACCACUCUGGGUCAAAAGUUGUAACUAGAUGAUGUGAAGGUCAAGUUUGAACAUGGGCCGUGCCGGGUCAAAAACUAGGUCACGGGGUCACUUAGUGUGUUUUAAACCUCACCAUGUUGUCCGCUCUCUAAUUCAAGUAGUUUUUAUCCAAUCUUCACCAAAAUUGAUCAGAAGUUGUAUCUUGAUAAUGUUUAGAGCAAGUUUGAAUAUGGGUCAUGCCAAUCAAAAACAAGGUCACUUAAGGCGUUUUAAACAUCACAAUGUUGUCCGCUCUCUAAUUCAAGUAGUUUUCAUCCGAUCUUCACCAAACUGGGUCAGAAGUUGUAUCUAGAUUAUCUUAAAGCCAUGUUCAAACAUGGGCCUUGCCGGGUCAAAAACUAGGUCACGGGGUCACUUAGUGCGUUUUAAACAUUCAGCAUGUUGUCCGCUCUCUAAUUCAAGUAGUUUUCAUCUGAUCUUCACCAAACUUGGUCAGAAGUUGUAUCUAGAUGAUCUUAAGGCCAAGUUAGAACAUGGGCCUUUCUGGGUUGAAAACUAGGUCACCGGGUCACUUAGUACGUUUUACACAUUGAAUAUGGUGUCCGCUCUCUUUUUCAAGUAGUUUAAAUACUAUCUUCACCAAAAUUGGUCAGAAGUUGUAUCUUGAUAAUGUCUAGAGCAGGUUUGAAUAUGGGUCAUGCCCGGUCAAAAACAAGGUCACGGGGUCACUUAGGGCGUUUCAAACAUCACAAUGUUGUCCGCUCUCUAAUUCAAGUAGUUUUCAUCCAAUCUUCACCAAACUUGGUCAGAAGUUGUAUCUAGAUGAUCUUAAGGCCAAGUUCGAACAUGGGCCUUGCCGGGUCAAAAACUAGGUGACGGGGUCACUUGGUACCUUUUACACAUUAAGCAUGGUGUCCGCUCUCUGUUUCAAGUAGUUUAAAUCCUAUCUUCACCACACUUGGUCAGAAGUUGUAACUAGAUGAUGUGUAGGUCAAGUUCGAACAUGGGCCAUGCCGGGUCAAAAACUAGGUCAGGGGGUCACUUAGUGUGUUUUAAACCUCACCAUGUUGUUUGCUCUCUAAUUCAAGUAGUUUUUAUCCAAUCUUCACCAAAAUUGGUCAGAAGUUGUAUCUUGAUAAUGUCUAGAGCAAGUUUGAAUAUGGGUCAUGCCAGGUCAAAAACAAGGUGACGGGUCACUUAGGGCGUUUCAAACAUCACAAUGUUGUCCGCUCUCUAAUUCAAGUAGUUUUCAUCCAAUCUUCACCAAACUUUGUCAGAAGUUGUAACUAGAUGAUGUCUUGGUCAAGUUCGAAUAUGGGUCAUGCCGGGUCAAAAACUAGGUCACAGGGUAUCUUAGUGCAUUUUAAACCUCACCAUGUUGUCCGCUCUCUAAUUCAAGAAGUUUUCAUCCAAUCCUCACCAAACUUGGUCACAAGUUUUAUCUAAAUGAUCUCAACGACAAGUUUGAACAUGGGCCAUUCCAGGCCUAAAACUAGGUCACGGGGUUACUUAGUGCGUUUUUAAACAUUCAGCAUGGUGUCCGCUCUCUAAUUCAAGUAGUUUACAUCCUAUCUUAUCCAAACUUGGUCAGAAGUUUUAUGGAGAUUAUCUUAAGGCCAAGUUAGAAAAUGGGCCUUUCUGGGUCAAAAACUAGGUCAAGGGGUCACUUAGUGCGUUUUAAAAAUUGAGCAUGGUGACCGCUGUUUUUUGUGAAGACAUGCAAAAUAUUGUGUCAAUGCGGCAUGUGGGGGUAUUCAUCACGUUUGUGACAAAGCCCUAGUUUAUAUUGUUAAAAUAAUGAUACACAUUUUGUAUUGUGUAUAUACAGUCUUCGUUAUUGUCCCCUAGCGGUUUCACCAUCUGUCAGUCUGUCAGUCAGUCACACUUUUCUGGAUCCUGCGAUAACUUUUAAAGUUCUUAAUAUUUUUUUUCAUGAAACUUGAAACAUGGAUAGAUGGCAAUAUGGACAUUAUGCACGUCAUUUCAUUUUGUUCCUACGUCAAAAAGUAUGGUUGCUAUGGCAACAAGUAGACUAGAAAUACUGCUGAAGAUGGGGGUUUUCUGGAUCCUGCGAUAACUUUUAAAGUUCUUAAUAUUUUUUCAUGAAACUUAAAAAAAAAAUGGAUAGAUGACAAUAUGGACAAUAUGCACGUCAUUUCAUUUUGUUUCUACGUCAAAUUCUGGUUGCUAUGGCAACAACAACAAUUCUGACAAUGGUGGAGCAGGUAGGGGACUAUAUUGCUUAGCAAUUGUCUUGUUUUUUGUUUUAUAAUGCUGUUGUAAAUUCACAUGUAUUGUAUCGCUAUAAUUUAUAUUGUUAAAUAAUCUUACACAUUUUGUAUGUUGUAUAUACAAUUUUCAUUAUUUUUUAUGCCCCCGGAUCGAAAGAUCGCUAAUUCCCCCGGAUCGAAAGAUCGGGGGUAUAUUGUUUUGGCCUGUCUGUCUGUCAUUCCUUGUGUGUGUCCCAAAACUUUAACUUCGAUUAAAUUUUUGCAAUAACUUUUGCAUUAUUGAAAGAAGCAACUUGAUAUUUGGCAUGCAUGUGUAUCUCAUGGAGCUGCACAUUUUGAGUGGUGAAAGGUCAAGGUCAUCCUUCAAGGUCAAAGGUCAAAUAUAUGGAUUCAAAGCGGCGCAAUAGGGGGCAUUGUGUUUCUGACAAACACAUCUCUUGUUGUUUUAUAACACUGUUGUAAAUUCACAUGUAUUGAAUGGCUAUAAUUGAUAUUGUUAAAUAAUGGCACACAUUUUGUAUGUUGUAUAUACAGUUUCCAUUAUAAUUUGUAUUAAAUUAUAAUAUAACAUAAUAAUUUAGUAAAAGCAUGAAGAUGAUCAAUGUUUUUGUUUAGUUUUGAAUUAUUAUAAAUACCAUGUCAAAAUUGUUAAAUGUCUGGAGGCAAACAACUCUUAAUAACACUCAAUACUUCAACAUGUACAGAUUGUUCUCCCUUGUAUUCUAAAUAAUUUAAAGAUAUCAAAGGUGAAAAGUCAUAGGAUAAGGGUGGAUUACACCCAUACAUGUACAUAUGGAUGAUAACACCAAAACAUGGUAAGCUUUUUUUGUAUUUGAAGAAAAUGAUUUGAUUUCAACUUCAUGGCAUUCACUAUCACUUCUAUGAAUGUUUCAUAUGCAGUGUAUACGCAAUAACUUCGAAAUUCACCAAUUCGAUUGAUAUGAAUAUACAUAGAUGUUAAACAGUGUUAUUGUUUAACAUAUGUAAUUUUGUGUAAGGAAUGUCUUUUAUGGGUGCACAACCAUUUCGUGGGAUAAACACACAUUUAGGCCCUUUCAUCUUGUUAUUGAUAAUAUAUUUAUAUUUAUUAUUAUUGUUUUAAUUGUCUUUCCAUCAAUAUGUACCGAUAUGUAUUUGUCAUUGUAUAUAUGUUAAUUAUUUGCUUUAAGUAUGUCAAAUUUUAAAAACUACUUUGAGCUGGUUUGAUGUCUUAACAGAAACAGCUGAAAAGAUAAUUUCAACACUAAUAAUGUGCAGAAUACUGGGCCUGGGGCGUGCAUUUUUGAUUAGAUAACUUAAGGUCAGGCAUACCAUGUAGCUACUCAAGUAAAAUGUUCACAUCUUACCAGCAGUUUUCAAUGCACAUAUCUGUUUGAUUUAAAUUGUUUCAAAUUGUAAAAGCAUCUUUAUUGUGUGACAAACUUAAAGCCACUACUGGAUUUAAAGUUAAUUGAAAGAAAUUAAGUGUGAUAUUAUUAAAGAGUUUUAAUAAUUCUUGUAAGUUUGUCACCAUGAUAUUCCUAACUCUCCUCUGAACACGCCAUGAUGAGCAGCACUGGUGAUGCCCAAGUGGCUACUACUACAACCACUGCUUCUGCUGCAGUGACAGAUGCUGCGGGUUCUCAAGGGGUCAAGAAAGGGGCCAGGCCCUCUGUAUCAAUAUCAGAUGCCCAGACCUGGGAGAAGGAAAAGAAAUAUGUGGUUUACAAGGUCGUUGUAAAUCAGGGGCCAAACUCCUGGUUCAUCUUCAGACGAUACAAUGAGUUCCACACACUCUUUGAAAAGGUGAAGAGGAUAUGCCCAGACGCCAAUUUGCGAUUGCCGGGAAAGAAAAUAUUUGGGAACUUGGAUCCACAGUUUAUACAACAGCGACGUGAGGGUCUGGACGAGUUCAUAAAGAAUCUAAUACUUCAUCCAAAGCUUUCACAACAACCUGAAGUGAAAUCCUUCCUUUCUCUGGACAACCCAAGAAAUAAUGCUCUUGAUUCCGUGGACCCAGAUCUCAACUCCGAAACUUCCACCGAAACAAUGAGUAAAGACGCCAAUCCAGUCAACCUUGGCCCUAGUGAAAAGAAAAGUGUUAAACCGAGUGACUUUGAAUUCUUGAAGGUCAUAGGCAAGGGAAGUUUUGGAAAGGUACUGUUGGCGCGUCACAAGAAUGAGGGCGGGGUCUAUGCCGUGAAGGUGCUUCAGAAGCAGGCGAUCAUGAAGCGGAACGAGGUGAAGCAUAUCAUGGCGGAACGGAACGUGCUCCUCAAGAACAUCAAGCACCCGUUCCUCGUCGGACUACAUUACUCCUUCCAGACUCCAGACAAGCUGUACUUCGUGCUUGACUACGUGAACGGUGGAGAGUUGUUUUUCCACUUGCAACGAGAGCGUUACUUCUCGGAAGUACGAGCGAGGUUCUAUGCAGCGGAAAUGGCAAGCGCGAUUGGCUACCUUCAUUCACUCAACAUCAUCUAUCGUGAUCUCAAACCAGAGAACAUCCUCCUAGACUCAAAGGGCCAUAUAGUUCUCACUGACUUCGGACUGUGUAAGGAGGGAAUUGAAGGCAUGGGAACAACAACAACAUUCUGUGGGACCCCAGAGUAUUUAGCACCUGAGGUUUUACGGAAGCAGCCGUAUGACAAGACCGUAGACUGGUGGUGUUUAGGUGCAGUUCUCUACGAGAUGAUGUAUGGACUGCCGCCAUUCUACAGUCGCGACACAGCGGAGAUGUAUGACAAUAUCCUGUACAAGCCUCUCCGUCUUCGAACUAAUGUCUCAGCGUCCGCUAGAUCACUACUUGAAGGGUUAUUACAAAAGGAAAAGGAACAAAGGCUAGGAGCCAAGAAGGACUUUAGUGAGCUCAAGUCACAUGGUUUCUUUGCGGACAUAAACUGGGUAGACCUUGAUGCGAAGAAAAUUGACCCUCCGUAUAAUCCAAAUGUGACUGGUCAGUUGGAUCUCCGCCAUUUUGACCCAGAAUUCGUCAGAGAACCUGUACCAGCAUCAGUUGGCAAGUCGCCAGGCAUGAACAAGCUUGUGAGCGCAAGUGUCAUGGAAGCUGACGGAAUGUUUCAGGGAUUUUCAUACGUUCCCCCAGCAGAGGACGCGUUCAACUGAUGAUGUGCUGCGUUUUAGAGACAAUGAAGUUACAGUUUUGAUAUCCUGGUGGGUGGGGAUUGUGUUAGAAUCUAGUGUGUUCAGAUGGCACCAGAAUGUGGAUGUUGUUUGGGAUCCUUUAUUGGCCACAUGGUCAAGGUCUGAUCAAAUGUUUGGAAGAAUAAAAGUGCUAUUGAAAAUGAAACAAUAUCUUGACGGUAGUAUUUACAUGGUGCUUAUUGAUCAUCUAUGCAGGGUCACAUGACAACUUGUGUUUUAGCUGUGUUUUGAUGUCUAGCUAUGCAAGUUGGUCAUUAUGGCAGUUGUGUUAUACACAUGUAUAGUGUUGUCUCAUGGAAGCCAGAAAUGGCUAUCGGCCAUUUUUGCUGUUGGGCUUACAAUGCUGCUUUGCUUGUCAAUGACAAUGUGUUUGUAGUUUUGAAAUUGCAGUGUUUUGAAAUAACUAUAUGCACUUGUUUGCUUUGAAAUAAUUCAAAGAAUUUAUUGUUGAACUUACUUUUGUACAUUCCUUGUCUGUGAACUUUGUGCCAAAGUAAGUGGUAAUAAUACAUUGUAAGUUUGACACAGUCUGUAAUGUUGUAAACUAUUGUAGACUUUCCAGUAUUUUCUGGUUGACAAUAGUUAGCAUUUUGCCUAAUUUGUUCAUGCACCAGUACAUUGUAAUCAAAAGCCUCAUUGAGCUUAUGUGAUACGGCAGUUGUGAUUGUAUUCAGAUGUCUGUUUUAAGUAUUUUACUUCUGUUGGUCCUGUUUUAAGUAUUUUACUUCUGUUGGUCCAGUAUGUGGAUGUAUAUAAAUAUGAUGACAGCAUUUUACAAUGUUUUAGUGAGAAGAUAGGCAUACGUUGUUUUGUAUUUUUAGUUUUUGCUGUGUUGUGUAAUUAAAAAUUUCAAACUUGCAAGGCUUAUUCAGUUUAAAUAAAGUUAAAUAAUUCCUCCAAAAUGUGGUCAGGACGGAUACAAAUCAAUGUUUUGUUAAACAGUAUGCUAGCAAUUCUUUAUCUAAAUAGUAAAAAUAAAUGUCUUAUUGGCCUAAAUGACUGCUUGUCCAUAAACAAAAGCAACAAGAGUAUUGAAUACAAAAUGAAACAGUAUUUACUACUAAUACUUUGCAAGCAUGUUUAAUGCCACAGUAAAAGUAUGUUAACUUUAUUUAAUACCAUAUCAUUAUUUACUUUAAUUUGUAAAGAUUUUGUGUUUAAUACUUGAAACUUUCAUAGUUUUUCAACAUGGUCAAUUUAUUGUGUGGAUAAGAUAUUGCUAAGUUAUGGCCCCAUGACUAAGGUUGUGAUAAAUGGGUGUGUGCCCUUAUAUAGUGACUUUGAUGUUUUUGUCAUUACCAGGGGCAAAAGGAAACUUACUCAUGUCAUUAUUGUCCCCUACCGGUUUCAACAGAGGGGACCUAUGGUUUGCGCUCUGUGCGUCUGUGAGUCUGUCACACUUUUCUGGAUCCUGCGAUUACUUUUAAAAGUUCUUAAUAUUUUUUCAUGAAACUUGGAACAUGGAUAGAUGGCAAUAUGGACAUUAUGCACGUCAUUUCAUUUUGUUCCUACGUCAAAAAUUCUGGUUGCUAUGGCAACAAAUAGACUAGAAAUACUGCUGAAAAUGGUGGUUUUCUGGAUCCUGCGAUAACUUUUAAAGUUCUUAAUAUUUUUUCAUGAAACUUGCAACAUGGAUAGAUGGCAAUAUGGACAUUAUGCACGUCAUUUCAUUUUGUUCCUACAUCAAAAAUUGUGGUUGCUAUGGUAACCAAAAAAAUAAUCUGAAAAUGGUGGAAUUUCUGACAAUGGUGGUGGAGCCGGUAGGGGACCAUUUUGCUUGACAAUAGCCUUGUUGUUAUUGCAUCUAAAAACUGUUGUUAAAAAAUGUUGUUGUUAUUUUGAAUGUUUUGUAUUUAAAUCGGUCACGAUAUUGUUGUAAUAUAUGCUUUUACCGAAAGUUUAUCCAAGAUUUUAUUUUUAUGUAUAUAAAACAUUGUAAAAACAUAUAUAUUUGUAUUGUACUUUGUGAUUUUGGAUUUUCAAGAAGCACAUACUGUCAAAAUAUGAAUUAUAAUUUAUACUCAAGAUUUAUUAAUAAUUCCCUAAAUGGCUUUCUUUUGUUGUUAUUUGUAAACAAUUUGAGAUUUUAUUUGAAUAUUUUUAACUUUAGUAAUUGAUAUGAUUAGUUAUAUAUUUGUAAAAGUGAAUAUAUCAUAUAUAAUUGAUUACAUGAAAGUGUUCUGGUAUUGCUUAAAAAUAGUGUGUUAAUGUGCUUUACAUACUUUUGCCCUACCGAGAAGAACUUCUAACGCAAUGCUUUUAUACUUAAAAUUUCUUAAAAAAAACUCAAGAUAUCAAUUUGAAUUCUUAAUAUUUUAGCUUAUAGGGCUGAUGUCAAGAUCAUUAAACAACAAGUAAUGAAGAUUCAAGUGUAAAAACACGCACUAACAGUAUGCAAAUAUAAAAAUAGUAGACAUAAGUAACCCUUUUAUUCUUUUACGCCACAGACGAACUUCCAUUGGAAUGACAUAGGGUUAUACAUAUAUAAUUGUACUUCUGUAUCAAGUACCCUGGUGUCUUGAUUAUUAUUAAGUAAUAGACUUAAGGCAUCUGUCAUGUCAUAAUUUUUUGAAAAAUUUGUGUUUUCCCUAUAAAAAAAACAUAUAUAAUUUGACUACAUGUUUUUUAUCAUUUCAUUUUUUACAUUUCAUUCCAAACACCUAUAAAUUUUGGUGACACUUUUGUAAAUAUGUGUUAAAAGUGAAACCCAAAUUGCUGAAGGUUUGUUGAAACUUUUGUUUUUGCUCAACUGUGAACAAUAAACAAAAGAUUAUUUAGUCAAAAUUAAUAGUCAUUAUUUUGUUGCCAAUUUGUUAAUCAUCAGCAUUAUUUGUGUCGUGAAAACCUUGCCAAUUGAACUUGCUGCGAAUAGAGGUUAAACUGGUCAAAUUUUAGAUGCAAGUGUUUUUUUUAUGAUUUAGAUUUCUGUUAAGACAUAUUGUUACUCGUACACCAUGUAUAAUAAACAAUAGUACAGAAAAUGAUGACCUCUUUGCACGGUUUCAUGUUCAAUAUACAUAUAUGAUAUUAUAUAAACUAUCGGCCAUGGGUUAUUUGACAACAAAAUAUAACGUACACAAAUUAUUACUUAUUUGGUUUUGUUAUGGUCAGUAGCCAACCUACGCACAGACAUUUGUUUGAUUCAGUGCAUGUUUGUAAGCUAUUGUCGAGUCGACAACGAUUUAAAACAUCGGUAUAGACUUACACAGAUUAAUAAUAUUGACAACGAUGAAAAAAAGUCUGAUACAACAGCACGCGAAACAACAAUGAAAUAAAAUGAUAAAACCAGUUGAUAAAACUCGUAUGUUCCGUAAUAAAAAAAGCCUUAGGGAAUUUUACUUGUACAUUUAUUAUACCACCUUCAUGAAUGGCAAAAUCAAUGGUAUAUAUUUUAACGUAAUUUGUCAUGGUUUCGGACAUAACUUUUCGGAUACUUUUUCCCCAUUUAUAUCUGGACCGAUUGAUGCUUCGGGAAAAUAUGAUUCCUGAUGAUAUAUGUACUUUUAUUAUAAAUGCACAAUGUGAUGUACAAAUAGAAGUUGUUAAACCAUUUAUUAUGGUUAUUUCAAUGAAACACAAAUAAAACUCAAAACUUAAA